GCUGACCGUACGAGCGAGCCGGCUAGAGGGUGUAGGUGCCUACAUUGUAAACGGUAGAAAACCCCUCCAAAACCCUGUACUCCCCCUCUUCCAUUCUCCAUAACCAGCAUAGAAAAAUGCAAGUCGUUCUAACAACUCCAUCACCAAGCAACACACCUUAUCUUCACAGUUUCAAUGACCCCAUUUCACUUUCAGCUUCACCAUUUCCAGCUCCAAUUCAACCACCCACAGCUCAAAAUCUCUCUCUAAACUACAAAGCAAAACUGGGUCGGGUCGAAGCAGUUAAAGGGUCUGGUAUAUUCUCUGCAAUUGGCCGUGCUAUUGAAGAAGAAGAGUAUAGAAAAGCGAGGGCUGAAGUUCAAAGAAAAGGGUUUGAAAUUGAAGGGUAUUCAAUUGAAGGUAUCUCUAUUGGUGGCCAUGAAACUUGUGUUAUUGUUCCUGAAUUGAAGGUUGCUUUUGAUAUUGGGAGGUGCCCUUUGCGCGCUGUUCAUCAGAAUUUUGUGUUCAUUACUCAUGCCCAUCUUGAUCAUAUUGGAGGAUUGCCGAUGUAUGUAGCAACCCGCGCUCUUUAUAGCUUGAAACCACCAACCAUCUUUGUGCCACCCAGCAUUAAAGAUGAUGUUGAGAAAUUAUUCGACAUUCAUAGAUCCAUGGGCCAAGUGGAGCUUGAUUUCGAUUUAAUAGCACUUGAUGUUGGGGAAACAUAUGAAUUACGUAACAACCUUGUGGUGCGACCAUUCAAGACUCAUCAUGUCAUACCCAGCCAGGGAUAUGUUAUAUACUCAAUUAGAAACAAAUUGAAGAAGCAGUACAUUCAUCUAAAAGGGAAACAAAUUGAGAAGCUGAAGAAGUCUGGUGUUGAGAUCACAGACAUGAUAUUGUCUCCUGAGGUGGCAUUCACAGGAGAUACAACAUCAGAUUUUUUGCUUGAACCACGUAAUGCAGAUGCACUAAGGGCGAAAGUUCUUAUUACUGAGGCAACUUUUCUAGAUGAUGGAUUUAGCAUUGAAGAUGCACGUGAGCGCGGUCACACUCAUUUGUUUGAGCUUAUUGAACAUGCCCAGUGGAUUCGGAAUAAAACAGUUUUGCUGACGCAUUUCUCUUCCCGCUAUCACCUUGAGGAUAUUCGACAAGCUGUAUCGAAGUUGCAGGCCAAGGUAUCAGCUAAAGUAAUCCCCCUUACGGAAGGCUUUAAGUCUAUGCACUCAUGAACUAGGAAGUAAUUUUUUUUUAGGGCUUUGUAAUUAUAACCAUUUGUAAUUAUACUUGGACAUUUAGAAAUUUAUAAGCCAAAACCCGUCUUUUUUUC